CAGAGGCUCAAGUUUUCAGUCCUAAAUUCUUACAAGUCAUAAUUAAAUGUAAUUUUGUCAUUUAAAAAUCAUUUGGAGAAGGGAUGGUUACGUCAUCCUUAGAGACUUCAAACAUAGAACACUACGAGGCGCUACUUCCGUUCCAGUGUCCAGAGAGCCCAUGUAGAUUGAUUUCUGGUGAUUUCCCAGUGCAAACCGACCCCAGCUUGCAAGGGUCGUCGGUUCCAAAAAUUACUCAACUCCAAAUAAAUUUUUCCAAUAAAUUAUUUCCUAGGAUUUAACAUAAAUAGAGACAUGAGUGGGGAGCUACGUAGGGAGGUUCUCAAAGUGUUUAAAAAACUUCAUAGAACGAGACUGUCGACGUUUGAAGGGGAUGAACAUUCUUUGAAACUCACCAGGCAGAGAAUAAAUGACGAAUACAGAAAAUUUAAACAUGUGACCAACCAGGACGCCAUAGUAGAGUUGAAUAAAUUUGCCCUGGAAGUGGACCACGAACUCCGGACAUCAAUAGUUCAAGCUGUGGAGAAAGCACCUGGUAGAUACGAAUUAAAAUUGAAAGAGGAACAUUUGAUUGAUAACUUACCACUCCCCGGAACUCCUCUGCCCACCCCUGGGAGGAGAUGUGGAGGGCCGAAAGUUAAGACAUAGGCCCGAUAAUUAGUAUUUCCCCAAAUUAUUUUAUUAUUAUAAUAAAGUGAAAGAGUAGAGGAAUAAUAUUGAGUAA